CAAGCAUGGUCAUAGUCUUAGAGACACACUCCUGAGGUGCACACAUCAGAGAACAAAGCACAGCCAGAGACGCAAACACUGCCCUCUUAUUCCAAAGACUGCAAAAUGGCCGCACUACGAUGCACAUUGACUCUACUCUUGGUUACGAUUAUAGUGGCUGCUAUAUUGCUUCACAGCAGCGAGGCCGCCUACCGGAAGCCCCCUUUCAACGGCAGCAUCUUUGGCAAACGCAAUGCGCUGGACUAUGACAAUGCCAAAUCGAUGGGAGCUGUAUGCGAAGUGGCAAUGGAAGCUUGCCAGUCGUGGUUUCCCCAAAAUGACAGCAAAUAGGAGCAUGAGUUUAUAUUCGGACUUUUCGGACUGAUCUUAGGCCUAACUAAUGAAGUACACCAGAUAUUGAAUGCGACCGCAUGCUGCUUGAACACAAAUAGAAAGGGGGAAACACAGCACGCAAAAUUAAACAAAAUACUCAUCAAAUGUUAAGUGUAAGCUCCACGAUACGUAAACCA